GGUGUUUCUCUAAGGUGUCCAUGCUCUGAAAACCAGCAUGGUUCGAAAACGGCAGGGAGAGUUAGAAACAUUUAAAGAAAAUCUGGAUGACGAUGAACCUGCAAAAGAUGAAGAUGAAGAUGAGGGAGAAGGAGAGUCAUGCACGGAAGGGGAUCAGGGAAAUUCUAAAGAUGAAUUUACCUUGGAAGACGUUUUACGUCUGGGAGGGACUAAGGCAGACUAUGCCAUGCUCGUGUCCGUAGACGAGUCCAUCGAGCUGACGGAUGGAGGAAAGAAAGGGGCCAUCGACGACCUCAAGGAUGGCGAGCUGGAAGCUUUCAUCAACAAGCUGGGGAUCCGCUCCCACUCGGAGUCCUGGCACAUCGUGCACGACGAGCCCCAGGAGCAGGGCAGGAAGGACACCGGCCAGAAGAAGGAGGGCAAAAAAGCGGGAGCAGAAAAAGGGAAGGCAGAAAAGAAAAGUAAGGACCAGGGGACCGAGCAGAAUGAAAAGCCCAGCAAGAGCAAAAAGACUCUUACUGCGGACAGCACAGGGAAGAAGACGAAGCCAAAAAUCAACGUGUUUGAGUUUCAGCCGAGGCAGGUGCUGUUGAUCAAGCCUGGUGGCAAGUGGUACGACCUGGACUAUAGUAACGAAUUCACUUCCCAGCCACAGGACGGAGCGCUGGUCUCCCAGUACAAAGCCCUGGCCCAGAAGCUGUUCGAAGCCGAGACGGAGCUGUACAAAAGCAAAAAGAACGUGCAGAAAGGUGCCAGCUCCACCUGGAUGAAGACCAUCGUCUCCACUGGCACGCUGGUGGAUAGGAUGGCAGCGAUGACCGUUCUCAUUCAGGACGCUCCGGUCCAUUGCCUGCAGUUUGUGGAGACGCUGGUCAGCCUGAUCAAGAAGAAGGGCAGCCGGAGGCAGAGCCUAAUGGCCCUGGACACUUUCCGAGAGCUCCUGUUGUCAGACCUGCUCCCAGAGCACCGCAAGCUGCAGGCCUUCUCCCAGCACCCUUUCGACAAAGUCGAGGAGCUGUCCAGCGGAAACAGGGACGCCCGGGACCGCCGCCUCAUCCUCUGGUACUUCGAGCACCACCUGAAGCACCAGGUAGCGGAGUUUGUCGUGGCCCUGGACGGUCUGGCGCACGACACUGUUAUGGCAACCAAAGCCCGGGCCUUGACAACCGCUCACGAGCUGCUGUGUUCCAGACCCGAGCAGGAGAAGGCCCUCCUCAACCAAGUUGUGAACAAGCUGGGAGAUCCCGAAUACAAAACAGCCGCCAAGGCCUCCUACCUGUUGGAGACUUUGCUACGCAAGCAUCCAAACAUGAAGACGGUGGUGUGCGGUGAAGUGGAGAGGCUGAUGUUCAGGCCCAACAUCAGUCUCAAGGCACAGUACUACUCCGUCUGUUUCCUCAACCAGAUCUUGCUAAGCCACGAAGAAAGCAAUCUGGCCAACAAGCUGAUCAGUAUCUACUUCUCUUUCUUCCGGGCCUGCAUCAAGAAGAAAGACAUUGAGUCCAAAAUGCUGAGCGCCCUGCUGUCUGGCGUGAAUCGGGCCUACCCUUAUUCCGAGGCAGGAGACGAGAAAAUAAAGGAGCAGCUGGACACUCUCUUUAAAGUGGUGCAUUUAGUCAAAUUUAACACCGCUGUCCAGGCUUUAAUGCUUCUGUUUCAAGUAAUGGAUUCACAGCAGACCAUCUCCGAUCGAUACUACGUUGCGCUCUACAAGAAGUUACUGGACCCUGGCCUCUCGCAGUGUUCCAAGCAAGCCAUGUUUCUGAACCUGCUCUAUAAGUCCCUGAAGGCAGACAUUGUACUGCGCAGAGUGAAGGCCUUUGUAAAGAGGCUCCUACAGGUCAGCUGUGAGCAGAGCCCCACUUUCAUCUGUGGAGCCCUCUACCUCGUGUCGGAGGUCAUGAAGGCCAAGCCGGGCCUGCGAAUCCUGCUUCAGGAGAACGGGGAAGGCGAGGAAGAGAAGUUUGAGGACCUGGAUGAGGAUGAUGAUGACUCAGAGGAAAAGUUUACAGAUGCUGAUAAGGAAGAAGAAGGUGGACAAGGCCAGACACAGGCCGAGAACCCAGUGAGAACUGCCCCGUCCAAGCCAACGGCAUCAUGGGUACACCACCAGAACCUUGAAGGUGGGAAGAAUCUGGGAGCCUACGACCCCCUGCACAGGAACCCUCUGUACUGUGGGGCUGAUGGCAGCACUCUGUGGGAGCUCGCCAGGCUCUCUUCACAUUUCCACCCCUCAGUGGCCCUUUUCGCCAGCACGAUCUUGCAGGGCGAGAGCAUCGGUUACACCGGAGACCCUCUGCAGGACUUCACUCUCAUCAGGUUCCUGGACCGCUUUGUCUUCAGAAACCCCAAACAAAACAAGGGAAAAGACAAUGUAGACAGUGUGGUUAUGCAACCUAGACAGAGACUGUCAAUGAAUAAUGUCCGCAGUUUGGCUGUGAACUGUCAGGAGUUUCUUGAAAAAGACGAGAGUCAGAUCCCAGUGGAUGAGAUCUUCUUCCAUCGGUUUUUUAAAAAACGGGAGAAGGAGAAGGAACUGCACAGGCCUCGCGGAGGCAGGGACGACGAAAGUGUUGAGGAUGUGGAUGAUGACGAGUUUGAGAGGGCACUGGAUUCAUUUGAAGGAGAUAGCUACUUCACAGAAUUUGAGGACAACAGUCUCGAUUUUGCUGGCAAUAUGAAGAAGACAGCCAAGCAAGGCAAGAAGGGGGACUCGGACUCCGACUCCGACCUGGAGGAGGGGGAUCUGGAUGAUGAUGAAGUGUCUCUGGGCAGUAUGGAUGAGGAGGACUUUGGAAACGAGCUAGAGGAAGCUGGUGGAGCAUUCAUGGACGUGGGAGAUGAUGACGAUAAAGAGAUAGAAGAUAUUGACACGAAUAUUUUUGAAGAAGUUGAAGUUGGAGAAACGCCAGAGAUCGGAGCACGUCCCAAAACAGGCAAGAGGAAGAAAUCAGAAGAUCUUGAACUUUUGGGUUCGUUAGGGUCAAAAUCAGGAAAGAAGAAGAAAAAGAAAGGCUUAGGGGAUGAUAACAUGCUUGCUACUGCAGAAGAGUUUGGGUAUCUCCUGGAUGAAAACACAGGAUCAAAGUUUGACAAUAUUGGCAUGAAUGCAAUGGCAAACAGAGACAAAGCAGGAGUCAAGCAGCUCAAGUGGGAGGCCGCGCGCAACGACUGGAUCCAGGGUAGAGAUGUCAAGACGCUGAGGAAGAGGAAGGCGAUGUUCAAGAGGAAUAAACACCUGGGCAAACCGAAGGGGGGGAGAAAAAAGCAGAAGAAUUAACGUGUUGCCUGUCAAAGAGUACAUUUCGAACGGAUGCUGCUGCUGUUUUUUUAUGCCCCGUAUUUCUCCGCUCACCUCACUGUGUUUUUCCUCUGGACCACGCCUCAUUGUCCUCUUCCCGAAUUCCGUAAAUCCCUGCCCAUUCGUGGGAUUUAUAAUAAACUGAAAUGAUUAA